AUGAAUACACUUGAAAAUAAUCAAAUGAUUGCCCCAAAAAUUCAAAAGCAACUGGUGAAUGCUUGUGCAGUUGAGACCAUAAAUGCUAUUCUAACUGAUCUUAGAGAUAGGUGGUUCACUUUACAACUUGAUGAGGCUCGUGAUUGUUCAGUGAAAAAGCAAAUGACAGUUGUUAUUAGAUAUGUAAACAAACAUGGAGAGGUGAUUGAACUAUUUAUGAAUGUAGUUCAUGUUGCAACAACUAUAGCUACUUGUUUGAAGGAGGCAAUCAACUCUUUAUUUGCUAAGUAUGGUUUGCCGGUGGCGAGAUUGAGGGGUCAAGGAUAUGAUGGUUCUUCAAAUAUGUCUGAUGAAUUUAAUGGCUUAAAAUCACUGAUAAUGAAAAAAAAAUCGGUAUGCAAGAGAGGAGAGCAUAUUGGAUACUAUUCCACUGGCAUCACAUUGGUCAAUGAAGGAUUUGACAAUUGGAAAAGGGUAAAUCAAGGGAAAACAUGUGCAUUUCUUGCCCAUAUUAGUUCUGCAGCUUCUUCGCCUCAUACUAUGUGCGAGAGAAAAGCUGAAAAUUUGAUGAGACCCUCGCAACAUAUUGAUAAUGUCAUGCAUGCCCAAUCUAAAGAGGAAAAAGAAAAAAAUCAUUUGCGUUUGCGGACCUCAAUUGUCACUGUUCGCUGGCUAGCACUUCAAGGGUGUGCCUUUAGAGGUAAUGAUGAAUCUCUAUCUUCAUCUAAUCGUGGGAAUUUUCUUGAAUUAGUAAAGGCUUUUGCAAAAAUGAGUACAGAAAUUGAUGAAGUUGUACUUGAGAAUGCUCCAAAAAAUGCUCAAUAUAUCGUUCCAGGAAUUCAUAAAGAGAUUUUACAUAUUAUGGCUAAUAGAGUACGAAAGAUGGUUCGUGAAGAAGUUAGUGAUAAAUGUUUCCAAAGAUUUUUUGCCAUCAAAAGUGUUAGCGAUACUACCUCAUUGAACCUAAAAAAAGAAAUAUCAAAUGUUCUUGUUCAUCAUGACUUACAAGUUAAGAAAUCAGAGGCCAAGGAUAUGAUGAGAAUUGAAAUCGAACAUAUGUUGGCAAUUGGAGAACGUGAUUCUGGAAGUGGGGCUAAUCAAAUUGGUAAUUUGCAGCGAGCGGAAGCUACUCGUUGGAGUUCUCACUAUGACUCGGUAAAAAACUUGAUAGAUUUCAUCUUGAUGGAGUUAAAUGCUCGAUUUAAUGAGUCAUUAGUGGAACUUCUUUCUCUUAGUACCGCUUUAGAUCCUAAAAAUUCAUUUGAAUCAAUUAACACUGAUGAUAUUUGCAAGCUUGCAAUGAAGUUUUAUCCUGAAAAUUUCACAAAUAAAGACAUCAUUGCUUUGAAGUAUGAAUUGGCGAGGGAGUGGCCGGUGAUCGGACAAACAAACUCCAUGAGCUUCUCCGGCGGUGGCAUGUUGGGCGGUUCCCCUUCCCCGGUGCCCUCUCACACACCCCUUUUCCUCUUGAGGGAAGGAAUCUCCCUCGUCCUCUCGCGUUGGGAGGCGCUUCAGGUGGCAAUCAGAAACCAGUGGGGCGGCGGAGACUCCCACCAGAAGCACGACGAGCUCGUCUCCUUCAUCCUCACCUUCUUCUCGCGACCUGAUGUUGUAGUUUGUGUCGAUGAUUUGGAACAUGCACUCGAGGAGAAAAUGGUUUUAUCUUUCAACACGAUGGUCGAUGAUGGAAGUGUCGAGGAGAAAUUAUAA